AGCUUUUUCCCGUGCAUCUGCUGCCGGCUCAGCUUGCGAUCGUAUGCGAGUGGUCUUUCGUUCCGUUAAAAAUAUAAAUCUACCUACGUCUAGUGUAAUAAUAAUCACCGUAUCCAUCAUCGCUACAGAGAAGAAGAAAUUUCGCGCAUCUCUUGCCGGACUUUCGAAAGCCAGCUCUUUUCCCGAGCGCGUGUGUGCAGCUAGAACAAUUUCCAGCCCGAGAAACAGAGCGAGGAGGAGCCGCAGCGGUGCGUCGCACGCAGCGAGGCGCGAAUGGAUCCGCGCUGGAGCCGAAUAUUAUGAGCUGACGCCGAUGCCACCGCCACGAGGCCGCCUCGUCCCAAACAUGAAGCCACUGUUCUGGCUCAUGCUGCUCCUCCCCUUGUCCUGCAGCCACGUCUUUGUCGACGCCCGCGAUUUUUCUGGCAAUCGAGGACAUAGGUAUACCAUCGACGAGCUGCUCAACACCAGGUUUCCCAAUCGCAUAUCUGGAGACUGGGACCUGGACAUCUGCAAAGCAGGGGGAUUCUUAGGUGAUAUUGCACUGCCAAACAUUAAGUAUGAAACAGAAUGGCGUGAGCAGGAGUUGAAUAAAAGCUUUUACGAUGAAUUCGAAAAGUACAGAGAUGAAGUUCUAAAAGAGGGAUUACAGGUUGAAGAAGAAGGUCUCACAGAAAUCCUGCAAUUUAAGAGUGAAAAUGAUUCAUCAAUGAAAAAAGCAAAAGAAACAAAAAAACAGUCAAAUCCAGAACCGAUUGCAAUUGAGCGUGAUCAGUAUAAAUUUGACACAGUAGCUACUCGUAAGGAAGACAAAAUUCCUGAAGUCAAAGAUUACGGUUACGUUUUUAGUUUAGAUGAGAACCCACCAGGUAAAUCUCCAAACAAAAAUUCAGACUAUCCUCAGUUUCCAGAAAGAAAAGCCUCACAUAAGCGAAUUCCAUACCCUGGGACAACAACGAUUGACAACAAAAGUAAGAAAACAAAAACAGCGGCAACAAAGGUUUCAGAUGUUACAACUUUAGCUUCAGCAGACUUUUCGGAAAAAAUAUACUACAGUGAAAAUUACUCCACAUUGACACCACAGAUACGAAAAAGGAGACACCAUCGGCGAAAAACAGCAAGUAAACGCGAGCACGAGCAAAGAGAUCAGAAUGGAAACAGACAGCCUCAUCAGAAGGGCAAAAACAAGGCUAUUUCAAGUGGCAAGGCCAAAGACAAGUCUAGCCACAGUGAAGAUAACAAGGGAGGAAAGAAUAAAAACAACAAAGACGAGUAUCAACGGCAACAGUGGCUGGAGCUGAGUGGUUCUGCCAGUUUGGUCCGUCUGUCGCACUUCCUUGACUUCUACGAUCGGUAUGGCUCAACUCUUGCCAGGGAGCCUGGCACCAUGACCCAGCGGACUCGACGCAGACGCGCUGCGACCGCGCGUAAGGAACGAGUUUGGGACCAUGGCGUCAUACCCUACGAAAUCGAUGGUAACUUCUCGGGGGCGCACAAGGCCUUGUUUAAGCAGGCAAUGCGCCACUGGGAGAACUUUACGUGCGUCAAGUUCGUCGAGCGGGUACCACGCGAGCAUCCCAACUACAUCGUGUUUACCGAGCGCCCUUGCGGAUGCUGCUCUUUCGUGGGUAAACGGGGAAAUGGACCACAAGCCAUUAGCAUCGGGAAAAAUUGCGACAAAUUUGGAAUUGUCGUGCAUGAGCUUGGUCACGUAGUCGGCUUUUGGCACGAGCACACGCGGCCGGAUCGUGACCGACAUGUGCAAAUCAUCCGUGACAAUAUUAUGACUGGACAGGAAUACAACUUUAAUAAAUUAACCGAGGAUGAAGUAAACUCCCUGGGCCUGUCCUACGAUUACGACUCGAUAAUGCAUUACGCAAAAAAUACAUUUUCCAAAGGCACCUACUUGGAUACUAUUUUGCCGAUGGAGAUUCAUGGAAAGAAAAGACCGGAGAUCGGUCAGCGCGUACGAUUGAGUGAAGGAGACAUUGCGCAAACGAAUCUCCUUUACAGAUGUCACAAGUGCGGCCGCACGUUCCAGGAGAACAGUGGAAGCUUUGGCUCGCCGAGUCACCCCAACAGUUCGCCGUCAAGCGACACCGAGCGCUGCGAGUGGCGCAUCACCGCGAACCACGGCGAGCGGAUACUCCUCAACAUCACCUACCUCGACAUUUACAAGAGCGACUUUUGCCGGAGCGAUUACCUCGAGAUACGUGAUGGCUACUGGCACAAGAGCCAUGUGCUCGGGCGUUUCUGCGGCAACGGGCAGAUGCCAGCCCCGGUGAUGUCGAUGGGUAGCCGGAUGCUGGUCACGUACGUGGCGUCGGCCCGCCAGAGCGGCCACGGAGGCUUCACAGCGAGCUACGAGGCCGUGUGCGGCGGCGAUGUGAAGGUCGACGGGCUCGGGCACCUCGAGUCCCCCAACUACCCCGAGGAGUACCAGUCGAGCAAGGAGUGCGUCUGGCGGCUCACCGCGCCCCAGGACUACCAGGUGGCCCUCAAGUUCCAGUCGUUCGAGAUAGAGAGCCACGACAACUGCGUGUACGACUACGUUGAGGUGCGCGACGGCCACUCGGCCGACUCGGCACUCAUUGGGGUCUACUGCGGCUACAAGCUGCCAACGGACGUCCGGUCGUCGGGCAACAAGCUGCUGGUCAAGUUCGUCAGCGACAGCACCGUGCAGAAGGCCGGCUUCUCCGCCACCUUCAUGAAGGAGUUUGACGAGUGCGCUCUGACUGAUCAUGGAUGCGAGCACGAGUGCAUAAACACCUUGGGAGGAUACGCGUGUGCUUGCAAAGUAAAUUACGAACUUCAUUCAGAUGGGAAACACUGCGAAGACGCAUGUGGAGGCACGUUUGAAUCAAACAAUGGUACAAUAACGAGCCCCUCCUUUCCGGAAACUUAUCCAAACAACAAACACUGCGUCUGGGAGAUAAUCGCACCAGUCCAGUACCGUAUUACCCUUAAUUUUACGCACUUUGAUCUCGAAGGAAACAACGUUUACGAGCAACCCUGUGAGUACGACUGGGUCGAGGUAGCUAGCAAGCUCAGUGACGAUGUGCACAAGAAACACGGUAUCUUCUGUGGCUCGAGACCACCACCUCUCAUCACGUCGGAGGGUAACUCCCUCAAGGUUGUCUUCUCGUCGGAUAACAAUAUAAAGAAAAACGAUUUCUCAAGUAACAAGGGGGUCACGAGACCCACUGGAAGAACGAAGCUCUCAAAGAAUAAGUACUACAUUCAUAUAUUCAAAGUUUUCGACAUGGAGCCCCAUCAGAAGUGCGCUUACGACCACAUAGCAAUUUACGACGGCGAGUCUCCAGAAAGUCAGCCACUCGGGCGUUUCUGUGGCAACAAGGAACCACAUCCUAUCCUGGCCACUGGCAAUCAAUUGUUUAUGGUCUUCAAGAGCGAUGCGACUGUCCAGAAGCAAGGAUUUUACGCCCAGCACAUGACGGCAUGUGGUGGUCAUUUGACGGCAACGGAUCGUGUAAGGUACUUUUAUUCUCACGCUCGCUAUGGUAGUCAAGAUUACGAUCACAGGAUGGACUGUGAUUGGACCAUUGAAGCGCCACCCGGCAAAAAUGUUCAUCUUAAUUUCCUAUCGUUCAAUCUGGAAGACGAAACUGAUUGCAGUUAUGAUUGGGUUGAAGUUCAUUCAGGACUGGAUACGUCGAGCCCCAGUUACGGGAGGCUUUGCGGAAGUUCGAACACGACGGAUAUCAUCUCAAUAAACGAAGCUCUGCUGGUGCGCUUCCGGACGGACGACACGAUUGCGAAAAGCGGCUUCGCUGCCACGUACUACGCCUACAACAGGCCGGAGAGCGAGGAGCUGAUCGGCGGCGAGGACGAGGACGAGCUCGACUCGUCGAGGAUAUGAUUGUACGAGAAUUCCCUGAUUCGCUAAUCGAGCGGCUACGUGCCAUGCGAGGACUGACUAAUGGAUGGCCCCUCUUUAUAUACGGGGGCCGUAUGAAGCACCGGUCUUCGAUUGGUCUUGUUUGUUAUUCCAUACGAGGUGGAUGGAAGAAAACCUCCCCACUGAUCGCUUUCGAUUUUGCUCAUUGUCACUUUUCAUAGUAAUUAUCAUCCAUUCUUGGAUCAUCCGAGUUACAAUUUACAUAUGUAUUUAAACAAAGUUAGGAUUAUUUAUUGUCGAUUUGUUCUGAUCGCCUGCGAAGUCUCUUACUCAUACUGAGUUCAAAGUUAAUGCGACGUAGAGGCAGAAAAUAACUUUAGAUUGGAUGGAAAAUAGUGUGAAUAUGGUCUGUAACAAUUUUUAAUUUUCAUCGCAAUAAUUGGGUAGAAAUAACUGUAGGUAAAAUAUACUCGUUUGAUGAUGUGGGUAUUGCUGUAAAAUUGCUUCUUUCAAACUUUCGGCUCACGAAAUAACGUAGACAAAUGCCGUAUAAUGAGGAGCAUUGAUAUAAUAAUAUGAUAAUUGAUGUCAUUACAAAUACUUAAUUAUAAGAACUCUAACUAUUCAACAAUAAACAUUUUUUUUUUUUUAGUAUAAUUAUAUAGAUAUUUAGUAUAAGUAUAAAAAUAAAUCCAAUUUAUAACAACAUUUGUUUGGAAUAUUCAUAACAUCAUAUUAGGUUCAUAGCUAAUGUAUAAUUACAUCGAUCUCUUAGAACUACACCUUUGACUAUACUAAGAAAAUAGGUAUUAUU